CGACAACCCACGGUGUACCGUUCCAGCUUCGCUGCUACCUUCUUUACAAUAGUUCAUACUUUCUAGUCCAUGCGCACUGGCGAGAUUGGACAAGAGCAACCCCGAAGAUGAGUGCUCCGAGCACGUGCGGGCCCAAUGGCAACCGAGAGCUUAAAUGUGCAGAGGACAGCAUCUCCAGCUUCGAUGUGAGGGAGGCAGAGAUUCUCAAACUGACCAGACGAUUUACGGAGCAGAGUCAUGGAUCAAGCGCGGCACAGAAUCCCUUCGCUGCAGAGCCUGGAUCUACCCUAGACCCAAAUGGUGCCAACUUCAAUGCCCGUGCAUGGUGCAAGGCCAUGCUCCAGGUGAGCACCGAAGAUGGUCAAGCACAUCUACCUAGAUCUCUGGGUGUAGCCUUCAGCAACCUAAAUGUGCACGGGUUCGGUUCAGAUACCUAUUUCAAGAAGAGCGUGGGGAACGUCUGGCUAGAAGCUGUCGGUCUGGCAAGGAGGCUCAUGGGUCGACGAAAGCGCAAGAUCAAUAUUCUGCAGAACUUGGAUGGAUUGGUGGAAGCUGGGGAGAUGCUUGUCGUCCUUGGACCACCUGGCUCAGGAUGCACGACGUUCUUGAAGACCAUCGCUGAGAGACGUACGGCUUUUACGUCGAUAAGGAUUCAGACCUUAAUUACCAAGGUGUGAGCGCAAAGCAAAUAGCCAACGCGUUCAGAUGAGAAGCCAUAUAUGCCGCCGAGGUCGACGUUCAUUUCCCCAAGCUCACGGUAGGGGAUACGCUCUUCUUCGCUGCCCGGGCCCGAGCACCGCGACAUCCUCCUGGAGGAGCAACAGUGACUCAGUACGCCACACAUAUGCGCGACGUUAUCAUGGCUUUGCAACCCCCAAGCAGUACAUGCUAGGAUGGGCUCGCUGGAUUUCC